AUGCGUGGCCCGCUUCCAUCCCCUCCCACCCUCUCCCCUCCGUCCUGCCCUCGCUCCCUCCUCCUCCUCGUCCUCCCUCCGCCCACACCCCGACCUCGCACAUCCCUCCCCAGCAUCCCUCCCCAGCAUCUCUCUGCAAGCCACAACCACCCCCUCCCCUCCAUGGCGCCGCGAGACGAAGAGUCUCCCGCAGAUUACAACCCCGGUGGCUAUCUCCAGAUCAACCUCGACGACUCCUUCCACUCCGGCAGGUACUCCGUCGUCCGCAAACUAGGCUGGGGCCACUUUUCCACAGUCUGGCUAGUACGCGAUCACCGAACUUCCCGUCACUCCGCCCUCAAGGUCGUCAAGUCCGCUGGCCGCUACUCAGAGACCGCACGCGACGAGAUAAAGCUCCUCAACCAGAUCGCAGACACCGCCCCGACUCACCCCGGCCGCGCACACCUCGUCUCCUUCCUCGAUGCAUUCGCCCACUCCUCUUCCCCCUCCGACACACACGUCUGCAUCGUCUUCGAGCCCCUCGGCGCAAACCUCCUCUCCCUCAUCGAGAAGAACCGCCGCACAGGCGUCCCCCCCGCUCUCGUCAAGAGCAUCACCCGCCAGCUCCUCCUCGGCCUCCAGUUCCUACACGAGGCAUGCGACCUCGUCCACACAGACAUCAAGCCCGAGAACAUCUUGAUCUCCAUCCCAGACAUCGAGUCUCACAUCCUCUCCGAACUCUCCGCCUCGCCCUCUCCCCAAUCGCACAAACUUCCCAUCCCCCCCGCCCGCUCCCGCCGCUCCGCAGCCGCAGCCGUCGCCUCCUCCUUUUCCUCUCUCACCGCCGCAACUUCCUCCUCCGCAGCAGCCCUCGCCAUGGCCCACGCCCGUGACCGCUCCGUCCACAUCUUCGAGUCCCAGCCCCUUGCCAGCCCCUCCCGCCGCCACAUGCACGCCCACCUCUCCGCAUUCUCCGCAGGUGCCGCCGGCAGCGCGAGCACGUGUGCGAGCAGCUACCAGGGCUCGCUCCUGCGCGACGCCGACGCCGCCAUGCGUCUGUCCAUGACCGCCGUCACGACGCCUGCGACGAGCCUCGGCAGUGCGAUGUCCAAGCUCCAGCUGAGCUCACGCGACCGCGCACCUGCCGAUCCGCCGCGGACGACGACGGUCGUGUCUGCCGACAACGAGGCCGAGGUGACAAGGCAGCCUUCGCUCGCAUCUGCAGCCCCCGCCGGACCGUCUCUCCUCGCACAGACCGCUCCGCAUCACCGCUCCCCGUCCUCAACCCCUUCGCCCUCCUCGUCCUCCUCCCCCGGCGCUUCGUCCUCCGCUUCCUCCGCACCCACGUCCGAGCCCGAGCUGCCGCCAUCAUCCCCGCACAUGUGGCACCCGCUCACGAUCAAGAUCGCGGACCUGGGCAACGCCACGCCGUCGAAGCGGCAUUUCACGGAGGAGAUCCAGACGCGGCAGUAUCGCUCGCCCGAGGCGAUCCUGGGGCGGACGGACUGGGGCUGCGAGGUGGACAUAUGGAGCGUCGCGUGUGUGGUCUUCGAGCUCCUCACGGCCGAGUACCUCUUCGAGCCGCAGUCGCAGGGGCAGCUGUUCUCCAAGGACGACGACCACAUGGCGCAGAUCAUCGAGCUGCUCGGGCCCGUCCCCGCGCACGUGCGCCGCGGCGCGCGGCACGCGCGCGAGCUGUUCGACGCGGCGGGCUCGCUGCGGUACAUCCGCCACCUCAAGCCGUGGCCGCUCGCGCGCGUGAUGCGCGAGAAGUAUUUGUUUGGGGAGGACGAGAGCAGGGCGCUGUGUGCGUUUCUUGAGCCGAUGCUGGACGUGGACGGGCGGAGGCGCGUGCGGGCGGGGGAGGGCGCGCGGCAUGCGUGGUUGGAUGUGGAUUGGGAGCGGGAGGGCGUGGCGCUCGAGCGCAUGGUCCUCUCUUACAUCGCACGCUCGUCCCGCCCCUCGUCUACCAUUACUACCACCACUGUCACUCCACCACCGCUACCGCCACUACCACCGCUACUCCCGCAUAUCCUCCUCCGCAUCCACCCACCAUCCCCUGCGCGCGCGUGCCACGCAUUUAUUACUCUCUCCCAUCCCCCCCUCCUCAUCCUCCUCCUCUACUACCACACCGCACGAUCCUGUACAUACUCGCUCGCUCGCUCGCUCACUCACUCACGCCACACCACGCCACGCACGCAUACACUCCCAUCCCCCGCCGCUUACUAUAAUCGCGCGCGGGCGAGCAUCACGAGCACACGCACGUACCGUACCCCCCACCACGCCACCACGCCACGCCACGCCCCCGCCUAUGCUACUUAAUGCCACGAUCUGACGGUGCUUCAUUAUACCUU